AUGGACGCCAAAAUAGCAGCAUUAUCAAAUGAAAAACGUAUAAAUUGGGAUGAACAGUUACCAUUUGUUACAUUCAAUUACAAUACAAGUAUCCACACAACAACCGGACAAAUUCCAUUUGAAUUAAUGCUUGGUCGAUCACUAAUAUUACCUUUCGAUCAACAACAACCAUUAAUUACACUUUCACAAGACCCAGAACAUCAAUUAAAAUUAAAUCAAUAUUUAUCAACAUUAACCGAACAAGCAAAGAUUAAAAUAUUGGAACAGCAAGAGAAAUACAAACAACGUUAUGAUCAACAUCGUUCCAAUCCAAAUUACACAAUCGGUGAACUUGUAUUAAUUAAAAUAUUAAAUAUGCGCAACAAAUUCGACGCGAGAUAUGAAGGACCAUUUCGGAUAACACGAAAACUCAGCACAAAAACAUUUAUUGUACAGCAUGUGAAGAUACCUACAUUGAUGAAACAAGUCACUAGCGACAUCAUGGUGUCAAUUACACAAAGACGUAAUAUCAAAUCGAAAUAA